GCUAGUGCUGACUGACCAGUGUGCCGGGCGGGGCCAGCCCUGUGACGUCACACCGCAAAGCAUGCUGGGAGAGGAAAACUCCAGGAACCUGAGGGAAAGAGGAAGUUCUGCUGGAAACGUCCUGUAAAGAGGCUCUGAUGUCCGGACAGCGGGAGGGAGAGCCCCGGCAUGAGGAGGAGCAGAGAGAUCCAGUCAGAGGACAACACCAGAGAGAUGUCCGCGUCCUCUCUUUCUACAGGACGGUCAGACGACUGUACCGGGAGCACAGAGGAACACCUGAUACCUACAUAUUAUGAUGCAGAUGAUUCGGUUGUCGCACCAGAUACAUAUGCAAAACGUGCCAUUAUCCCAGUUGUAUUCUCAGACCUUCAAAUCAAAAAUCUGCCACCUGAUCCUUUAAAAAAGACUGUUAUGCAGAAUGCAAACCACAGAAGUGGUGCUGGAUCCCAAAGAGCUCAGAAAGGGAAGAAGUCUUAUUCAUGUUCAGAAUGUGGCAAAUGUUUUACUGUGAAAUCAAAUCUUGAGAGGCAUCAGAUAGUUCACACAGGGGAGAAGCCGUAUUCAUGUUCAGAAUGUGGCAAAUGUUUUACUCAGAAAUCAAAUCUUGAGAGCCAUCAAAGACAGCACACAGGGGAGAAGCCAUAUUCAUGUUUAGAAUGUGGCAAAUGUUUUACUCUAAAAUCACAGCUUGAUAUCCAUCAAAGACAUCACACAGGGGAGAAGCUGUAUUCAUGUUCAGAAUGUGGCAAAUGUUUUCCUCAAAAAUCACAUCUUGAUAUCCAUCAAAGACAUCACACAGGGGAGAAGCCGUAUUCAUGUUCAGAAUGUGGCAAAUGUUUUACUCGAAAAUCACAUCUUGAUAUCCAUCAAAGACAUCACACAGGGGAGAAGCCAUAUUCAUGUUCAGAAUGUGGCAAAUGUUUUACUCAGAAAUCAAAUCUUGAGAGCCAUCAAAGACAUCACACAGGGGAGAAGCCGUAUUCAUGUUCAGAAUGUGGCAAAUGUUUUACUCUGAAAUCACAUCUUGAUAUCCAUCAAUUACAUCACACAGGGGUGAAGCCGUAUUCAUGUUCAGAAUGUGGCAAAUGUUUUUCUCAGAAAUCAAGUCUUAAGAGCCAUCAAAGACAUCACACAGGGGAGAAGCCGUAUUCAUGUUCAGAUUGUGGCAAAUGUUUUACUCUGAAAUCACAGCUUGAUAUCCAUCAAAGACAUCACACAGGGGAGAAGCCGUAUUCAUGUUCAGAAUGUGGCAAAUGUUUUCCUCGAAAAUCACAUCUUGAUAUUCAUCAAAGACAUCACACAGGGGAGAAGCCAUAUUCAUGUUCAGAAUGUGGCAAAUGUUUUUCUCAGAAAUCAAGUCUUAAGAGCCAUCAAAGACAUCACACAGGGGAGAAGCCGUAUUCAUGUUCAGAAUGUGGCAAAUGUUUUACUCUGAAAUCAAGUCUUGAUAUCCAUCGAUUACAUCACACAGGGGAGAAGCCGUAUUCAUGUUCAGAAUGUGGCAAAUGUUUUACUCUGAAAUCACAUCUUAAUAUCCACCAAAGACAUCACACAGGGGAGAAGCCAUAUUCAUGUUCAGAAUGUGGUAAACGUUUUGCUGAUAAAUCAAUUCUUCAUAACCAUCAGAGAAUUCACACAGGGGAGAAGUCAUUUUCAUGUCCAGAAUGUGGAAAAUGUUUUGCUAGGAAAAAUCAUCUUGCUGAGCAUUUAAAAAUUCACACAGGGGAGAGGUCAUUUUCCUGUCCAGAAUGUGGAAAAUGGUUUACUCGGAAAGCAAAUCUUGUUAAUCAUCUGAAAUCUCACACAGAGGAGAAGUGAUAUUAAUGGCCAGAACGUGUUUUACUAAAGAAUGUAAAUUUGAGAAUCAUUAGGGAAGUCACACAGGGGUGCAGCCAUGUUUAUGUUCAGAAUGUGGAAACUGUUUUAUUCAGAAAUAAGCCCUUGUUCAAUAUCAGAGAAUUCAAACAGGGGAGAAGAAGUUCUAACCCCUUCCCAACAUCCUCCAUACAUGUAUGGCGGAUGUCGGGAAUAUAAAGAUGGUGCCCACUGAAGAGUUAAGUGCCAUAGGCGAAGCAUGCGUGCGGUUUCACACAGCAGCGUUGACAUGAUUGGAGAUAGCUCUGAUCGCUGACAUUCCAUCAGAUGCUAUAGCCAACUGCAACCACAGCAUCUGAGCAAUCAUUUACUGGGAGCGAGCGAGGUGUUACAGCUUGAAGAGCAUAUGAAUUAGAACCAUAGAUAACUUCAUAAAACCAAAUAUAACAAUAGCCACAUGAUGUAUAGUGAAUAAAAGAUAUAACAGAGAAGGGAUUGUAGUUCAAGGCCUUUACCAUAGCUACCAUAAACAAACCAUUAGAGAGA